GUGCCGCAGCCUCCAUCGCUUCUUCGCUUUCUAAAGCGUCUUUUCCAACCACUCUUCUGCCGACAACACAAUGUCAGACUUUCUAACGCAUGUCGUGGCUCCCAACACGCUACAAAGCAAGGGUUAGGUGACUGCGGAGCAAUACGGUGCAGCGCUUGAGCGCGCGCCAAGGAUGGCGCAGCACGCGAUGGCGAAAAGCACGGCGCCUGAAGCAGCAGAGAGAGCGUGGCCGGGACAGCCAGCUCCCCAGCGAAGGCUUUUUAUUUCUCCGUCCAGACGGCGGAGCAAGGCAAACUGGAACUCUUGCGUCGGCAGACGGAGGCGGUCGACGCGUGGCAUCGCCAGAUUGCAGCCCAACUCGCUGACGAAGCGGUUAUGGAAGGGGUUUGCGACGCAUGCGCAACACGGUGCACCGGCCCCACUAGAGGUGAUGGUGGCGGCAUGCAUCUUGGUCCCGAGAACGGAGAAUGCCGCAUUCGAAGCCCUGCACCUUGCCGCCAUCGUGCUGAAGAUUCCCAGCUACCAGCAGCCGCUACAUCACAGUUGGUACGCUGUGCGGAAGCUGUGCGCGGACGCGGCGGACGCACAUGGCCAGUGGAUCGUAAACGUGCAAGCCCCAGCCUCCCAUCCGUGGAGCUCGCCGCACAGGACUCAUCGCCUUUCCACGUAUGCGCGGAGGAGUGGGCCGGUGGUGGCGCUGAGGCGGGUGGCGAUCCAGCCUGGACCAAGUAUUUCGCAACGACGAAGAACGGCAUCCUGCUCGGAGGCGGUUAUGCCUCCAUCCUCGGCCCUGACGGGCAGCAAACGGCAGCCCUCGACACGACGACGGUGGAGCAGUCCAUCUCGUCGAUCCCGAGAGAAUUGCAGUCCCUCCAGCAGCCGCUCACCAGCCUUGCUGACGGGCCAUGUGAGGUAA